CUCGAACCCAAACAAAGUCUGCUGCUGCUGCUCAUUAUUCUUUAAAUUAGUUGUCAAAAACUGUUAGUCAAUUUAUUUUUGCUUUGUUGUUUAUUCCAACGGUCGACAUUUUCCAAUAACUGAACAACUUACAACUCUUUAUUAUACUCCGGUACUAAUGAAUUACUUCCACAACUAGUGGAUUUAUGUAUUAAUAGUUUCUGUUUUACAGAUUUAAUCUGAGGGACCUGUUCAAUCACAAGCCAGCUAAGACAAAAUGGAACCUCACAAUGACGGAGGAAAACAUCCUUCAUUAGUGCAGUUAGCCGAUAAUGUCCCUGAUGACUUGAAGGAAGAUGUACAGAAAAUGGUGACUAAAAUGGAAACUCAUAUUCUUAAGAGAAACAAUAAACCGUAUAACUGGACCAUCAAUGACUUUGAAAUUGGAGCACCUAUGGGAAGAGGAAAAUUUGGCAGAGUGUACCUUGCAAGAGAGAAAACCACACAUGCUGUCGUUGCUCUUAAAAUGUUAUUUAAGUCUGAACUCAUCAAAGGCCAAAUGCAGCACCAAGUUAUUCGUGAAAUAGAAAUUCAAAGCCAUUUGAAGCAUCCGAAUGUUUUACAGUUACUUACGUACUUUACAAAUGAUAAACAUAUUUUCCUUGUAUUAGAGUUUGCUGCUGGAGGUGAACUUUAUCGCUACCUUCAAAAACAGCCAAACCAAAAGUUCAGUGAAGCAAAAGCUGCCAAGUUUACUUAUCAGGUCGCAGAUGCAUUGCAUUAUUGUCACCUAAACAAAGUCAUCCACCGAGACAUCAAACCUGAGAAUCUCCUUAUGACUUUGGAUGGUGAUAUAAAACUAGCUGACUUCGGGUGGUCAGUUCAUGCACCCUCCUCUCGCCGCAAAACAAUGUGCGGAACGUUGGACUAUCUUCCCCCAGAAAUGGUGAAAAAUAAAGAGUACGAUGAAAAAGUGGACAACUGGUGCUUGGGUGUUCUAUGCUAUGAGUUUUUGGUCGGGAGCCCCCCCUUUGAAAGUAGUGAUAGUAAAGAAACGUUCAAGAAGAUUGUCGCUGUUGCUGUGAAGUAUCCGCUCACAUUUCCUUCAGGGGCUAAAGACUUGGUAUCAAGAUUGUUGAAGUAUAAGCCUGAUCUAAGAUUGCCUCUCACAGAUGUAAUGAAACACUUUUGGAUCACAAAAUACUAUAAACCGAGUGAUUAAUAAUCCUUGUCAGCUGUAAAACUGUUUUCAUUGGUUAACUCAAUCCUUGUAUUACAACACAACUGUUGUUCUUUUUGUAGAUUUUGUACUAGGUUUUAUUCUAAAGAAUUUCUGUAGUCUCCAUUUUGUAAGGGAUAUAAAAGAGAAU